GUGACCUCAACCGCUCGGCUGUCCGUGCAGUCAAAGUAAGUAGCAGCAGGAGAGUGUAGUUUUACAUUGCUAAGCCUUCUACACAGCUUCUUAAAGCAAAUACGAAUGGGUAUCCAUUUUAUCUGUUUCCCAUCAUCAGAGCAAUUAUAUACCAGUUAGUUCUGCUUGCACUUUAUGGGUUUUUAAUUCAGUGCCAAGUCAGACAUGGGUAGAACAAUAUGUGUGAUAGUUAUAGUUGUCUUCAAGGCUGUUUUCGUCAGUACUGGAGAUUACCCAGCGUUUAUGGAUGAAGAUGAUAUCCGGAGCAUGGGGUUGGGUAGAAACCCAUAUAAUCCCAACCCCCACCACAGAGCGCCUCACCACGAGUCUACUGCUACGGGGAGGUAUAAUUUCCACCCAAAUGGUUAUAAACUGGAUCCUUACGGCAACUUUCAACAUCCAGACAACAUGCCUUAUAACGGGUUACCUCCGCAUCGAGUGCGCCUUAACCAGAAUGUACAAAGGGGUAACCCUGCUGAUCAAAACAUCGUCGAGAUGGUGGCUGAAGCACAGAUAGAAGAGCCUUUCCCUGAAGAUGAUGGGAUACCAAAUCCGAAUGAUGCAAAGGAACUUGACGCAUUGCCAGAGAGGUUAAGUGAAGCCAAAAAGUGGGGCGAGUUUCGUACUCUUUUGGCUGCAGAAAACGACCAAUUCCAACCAGGCGAAGUUAUGAAAGAUUGGGAGGAGGAUGCUCACAGAUGGGCAGCAUAUUCAAAGCAUUUAUUAGUAAGAUCAGCGUAUGAAAAAAAGAAAGCAGCUCGUCAAGGGGCCACUCCAGCGCCAUUGGGAAAACCUAACAUCGGAAUGAAUGCUUACUGGAGCCCUGAUUCAUAUGCGAGGGCACCUUCAGGCAGACGGAUGGACUCACGUAGACAAGGAUUCUCACCGUUUCAGGACAAUAUUGAAGGCCCACUGGGACACGAACUGCCACCUCACAGAGGCAUGGGUCAUCGAUAUAACCCACACUACGGAAUGGGACUAGGAGCCAGCAAACCAGUAGCUAGAUCAGGAGGCUCCGAUUACUUCGCUACUGGAAAUGGAGAUGAGGGAAUGCCCUUUUUAAAUUACGGAGCCUUUAACAACGGUGAUCUACAAAGACAUAUGCCAGGUUUCCCGAGAGCCAAUGGAGGCAAAGAUGGUGAUUCGUCUGAAAGCAACGUGGCCCUCUCAGGGAAAAUACCAGGACCGGGGUCUGAGAAAGAUUACCCGAAUGGCUACAAAGUACCAAUGGCUGGAGGUGAAGGAUUUCCAAAUGACAUGAAUCCUGGGCCAGAUCCCGCGUUUACGGGAGGCAAUUACCCGCAAGCUAAAAGGAUGGGAGGACCGGGUAUGGGUAUGGGUAAUAUACCUCCACCGCCAAACGUACCACAGCCUGGUGCAACACCAGAACCUGAGGAUUACCCAUCGGCCCUCCGAAUGGGUAACAUGCCUGGACCUGGUUCGGAAAAAGAUUACCCUAAUGGUUACAGACCGUCUCUGAGUCGUCCACCUGGAAUGGGCGGUAUGGGUAUGAGACCCCCCGGAAUGGGACCUCCUGGAAUGGGACCACCCGGAAUGGGACCACCCGGAAUGGGACCCUCCGGUAAGGGACCCCCUGGAAUGCGACCUCCUGGGAUGGGACCCCCUGGAAUGAGACCUCCUGGCAUGGGACCGCCUGGAAUGAGACCUGGUAUGGGACCGCCUGGAAUGAGAAAUCCUGGUAUGGGAGGAGGGGGUCCAGGGAAAAACGGAGGCCCAGGUCGUGGUCUCCCGCCCGGUUUCGUCAGCCAGUUUGACCGCCAGCCAGUCAGGGGUCCAGGUGGACGUAACAGGAAGGGUCCCAAAGGCCCUCCAGGAUUUCCAACUGGAAACCUUUUGAUGAAUUUAGCAAACAAGAAAUUGGAGGAAUUGAAUCAGGCAGAAACACUCAGAAAUAAAACGAUCGAAAUGCAAAGAACAACAACUGAACAUCAACUCACAAGAGAAGAACUUAUAAGGCGUCUGCGACAGUAUGAUGAUUUUAAAGCACCUAUACGUUGGGUGAAAUUUCAUUCUCCAGACACGCGCGACGGACUCGCCAGAGUGACGGAUCAAAAAACUCACCAAAAUCAACAGUUUAUAAUUGAAGGUGAAUUGUAUGUUCCCGUCGUGGACGAGAGUAUGUCUAGGCUGGGGUGGACGACAGAGUCUUACAACGAGACGUCGUCUACAGAAAAAGCUGUCAUCAAUGAUGAGGCUGCUCUCAGGGUUGUUAUGAGGACCAUGAACAUCACUCUGACUGAUCAAAGAGAUUGGCUUGUGUACGAAACCAUUAUGGGUUCAAGGGCUCAGCGUGAGAAAGAGUGUGACGGAGAAAAUUGUCAGGCAAGGUGCACCAGAGUGGGAUGUGACACGGUGUGUCGAGGAGAUACAUGCGGUUCAGGGUGUGUAGGUGCGAAUUGUCAUACUCUUUGUUCAGGACCAGGAUGUAAUGCAAUGUGCAUCGGCGAUCAUUGUGUAGCAAAGUGCGAUGGCAUAAGUUGCGAGGCGCGGUGUUAUGGCCAGGAUUGUGAAGCAGAGUGCCAAUCACUCUCAUGCAUGAAGACUAGAAAUGGCGCGUACCAAGGCAGCACGAGAACUUGGAACGACAUGUACCCUCAGGAAGGCGAGUACGGCCCGGAAGGGCCCGCGCAGCAGGGUCCAGGAGCCUAUGACGAAGGGCAAGAUGAUUACUACGGAUAACUUACAAAAAUAGAAUUUGUUUUUUAUUUUCCUGAAGAUCCUUGGCAUAUAGGACUCCAAAAUUAAGAGUUUUUAUUUCAAGGUUGUUUUCCAGGCACUUUCAAAACGUGAUAUAGACUUUAGGUGCACGUAUCCGUCUCAUACACAAAACCUCUAUAUUGCAGAGGUUAAGUCUAUCUGGACCGCCUACCGCCUCUUUCAAGAGUAGCAUUAAGAU